AUGGCUAAGCUCUCCUCAUUUUUUACUCUCUUUACUUUACUUUUUCACGUACAGCUCUCACUUCAACAAGACUGUAGUGCCUCUGUACCUUGUCCAAUAGGCUGUUGUAGCAAGGCGGGCUACUGUGGCCUUGGUCCAACAUUUUGCGGAGAUGAUUGCGUGAACAAUUGCGACCAGAAGGCCGAGUGUAAUGCUGGAUGGCCGGACUCUAAAUGGAGCACCGCAGAAACAUGUCCUCUCAAUGUUUGCUGUAGCAAAUUCGGUUUCUGUGGAACUACGAAGGAAUUCUGCGGUGAAGAUAAUGGUGUCAAACGCCCAUCUUGUGAUAUCGGUAGCACCCAAAUCAAAAGGGUCAUUGGUUAUUACGAAGGAUGGUCCUUAACAGAGAGGUCAUGCUAUUCUAUGAUACCGGAAAAAAUCCCUUAUGGGGUAUACACCCACCUGAAUGGCAGUUUUGCAUUCGCGACUAUUGACCCAGCAACAUUCAAAAUCAAACCCGGUGACUCUAAUACAGAAUAUCUUAUGCAGCGCAUAUCUUCUAUCAAGCUUAUUCAACCUGACAUAAAGAUUUGGAUUGCUGUGGGCGGGUGGGCAUUUAACGAUCCGGGGCCCACUGCAUCUAUCUUCAGUGACCUCACUGCGAGCGAGAGUAAGCAAGAAGUAUUUUUUGACUCGUUAGUCAAGAUGAUGAAUACUUUCGGAUUUGACGGGAUUGAUAUCGACUGGGAGUAUCCUGUUGACAAAGAUCGCGGCGGCCGUCACGAGGAUUUCAAGAACUUUGUCUCCUUUAUAAAGAACCUAAAAAAUAGAAUGAGCGCUGAUGGCCAAAAGAGAGGGGUCUCCUUAACUUUACCGUCAAGUUACUGGUAUCUUAAGCAUUUCGAUAUCGUCAACCUAGAGAAACAUGUAGACUGGUUCAAUCUCAUGUCUUAUGAUAUCCAUGGCGCCUGGGAUAUCGGCCAAAAAUGGACGGGCUCCUUUCUUAACUCUCACACCAAUAUGACUGAGAUUCAAGAUGCCUUGGACCUCCUAUGGCGGAAUAACAUCAAUCCCGAUAAGGUAGUCUUAGGAAUGGCUUUCUACUCUCGCAGUUUUACCAUGGAAAGUACAAGCUGCACUGAGCCAAAGUGUGGUGCUCUAUCUGGCGGAAUCGCUGGGAAAUGUUCUCAUACUACAGGAGUUUUACUCAAUCCCGAAAUCCAAGAUAUUAUUAAAGAGAAAGGACUAACACCGAAACUUCAUCGCAAUGAGGCCGUCAAAGUUGUUAGCUGGGAUAACCAGUGGGCGUCAUUUGAUGAUGAGGUAACUUGGAGGAUAAAGCUGAAUGUGGCAAGAUCUCAAUGCAUCAGCAAUAUUAUGGUUUGGGCUAUUAGCCAGGACGAUGAUAAAGAUACCAACGCCAAGGCACUUGUUAAGGCCGCAGGACGUGAAAUAAGGGCCUGGCCUGAUUUCACUGCUCAGCCCUCUAAAGAACCGCCGGUAAAGGCUACCGUUGUGAAGCUUUGCAGGUGGACAAAUUGCUCUGAGGACUGCCCUAAAGGCUUCAAGAGCGUUCCUCGCGAUGGGACGGAUCUCUUGAUGACGCAUACUAUUGGAUGCGACAUAUACCCAGGCCAUGGUACUUCUAAAGGCUGGCAAUCCGUAUUCUGUUGUCCUGGGGAUCUGGAGAUUCCCAAGUGUCGCUGGCGGGGACAUAGAAACUCAGGCGCCUGCCAGCCUGGUUGUGAAAAGGGAGAAGUGGAAGUUGGCACCUUAGCUGAGGGCUGUUCCUCAAAACACCAAAGCGCGUGUUGCGACGAAAGCACUGCUGUGGCGCCCUUUAAAGAUUGCAAAUGGCAUGGCUCAGCUCCAAUUUGCGCGAAAUCGGGGCAACAUGCUGAUUGUAGUACAGAAUUUCCCCAUUUCGUUUUCGCUGCAAGCGCUGGGGCCGGCGGGGAGCAGACUUGUAGCCAAGGUUCAAAAAGCUACUGUUGCAAAGAGCCACCUCCUGAUUUUGCUACUGACUGUCAAUGGUACAAGAAAGCUACUGACCACUACGGGACUCCAAUCAUCUGCGAACCAUCUUGCCCUGAGGACCAGAUUCGACUAGCCAUACAUUUGGGCGAUUGUCAGGUUGGAAUGCAAGCAUACUGCUGCAAAGGCAAACCCCCUCCAAAAUUGGAGCCUCGAGGCAACGAUGAUGAUAUCUUUGCCGAGGGUGAAAUUAAGGAAUUCAGGUCAUUGCUGAAAGAUUACGUGAAGAAUCCUACUUGUCCGGCAGAGAUGUUGCAUCCUUCAUUGCAUCCAAUAUAUGAGGGAUCCAGGAAACGAUCUCUUGUACUAGAAGCAAGAGAAUCCGAAAUCCUGCACGGGAGAGCUAUCGACUGCACCAUGGACAACUGGAUAAAGCUCGUUUCAUACUUAGCUCUAAUUCUAUCGAAAAAUACCCCAGAGAUGGUCCCAUUCAGGCUCGUCUGGAGUAGCGAGUUUAUAGUCCACUUCGACUCCAUCCUUGAGUCUUCGAGCUUAGGCCAACUUUUACACAGCCGCCAUCUCGACAGUCGUGGCUUGGCCGAACGGGUUCUAUACGAUCCUCAAAACACGGCAGCUGGAAUAAGGCGAGAUCGAAGUAUAGCGGAGAUAAUAUGUGAAAGGACAACGCGGCCCACACAUUUACAGAAAAAGGCCAAACCAGCUCUUGAGGACAGUGGUCUAUUGGAAGGAAAGGCAAAAAAUUCCACUCUCGAGGGCCGUCGUAUAGUAGUAUGGCCGACGCGGCACACCAAUCCUGGUACCCCCACCAUUAAUACUGUAUUGAAUGGCGUCAAUUCUGGCCGCUUGACACUGCAUUAUGCUCGGUGGGAAUGGGCAGAGGGCACACAAUCAAAUGCUCCGGCAGGCCCGUUCCUAGAACUCGCAUAUUGGAUUGGCCGGACCCCUGGAGUACAAGACUCAAAUUCGGAGCUGAACAGAUAUCGAGACCUGGAGAGAGCGCUUGGUGAUGACUGGGUUAUUUUCCAUUUGCAUAUGGAUCCGGAGUCUGAGAUAUUACGGAACGUGGGCGGCCGUACUUAUAUUGGCAUUACAUACAUCACUGUGUUUCAUUCCCAAGAUUAUCGUGGGCAUGAAAGAGGCUGGCGAGUGCAGGUCACGCAGACAGGAUAUGAGAAUGAGAGGGAUGGGUUCGAUUGCCCGCAAGACGAAUAUAGUUCUGCAUGGUAUAUUGGAACAGUUCAUGACGCCUCACAACUUUCCCCUGAAGAUCAAGCCUUCUAUAUGGAACUAGACACCUGGGGCAGACGCCUAUUCAAUGACGGCUACACUGGUCGUUUAGGUACAUCUGCUAUUAUACAGGGCGGAGGCACAUUGGCCAACGGAGACAUCGACCCGAACAACUAUGGCUAUAUCGUCCGCCGUAAUGGGAUGUCCGCGGUGCUCAACAACCGAGAUCCUUAUGGGGUUAACUUCCUCCUACGCAAUGGAGAAUUCAUCAUGGGAUACCCGCCACCAGAGCGUGAUGAACUGUGA